GUAUAAAACGUUCUUAGUGAUCCAUUAGCCUUCAUUAGCUUAGACGUCUACAGUCACCUAAUUUUUCGUCCUCAAAACAUGUAUUAAUUUAAGGAGUUAAAAGUAUAACGAAAUAAGAGUGCAUGCAGGCUAUUCAUUUUGAGCAGAGAGGUCUUCCAUCUUCCAACAAAGGUGUCCGUUAUCUCGCCGCUACUCGUGCUCCUAUUGUGCAUCCCCUCCUCCCACGCGCAGGACGAGUACUCUGGUUACCACUCAGGUGAGCUGCCUGACGUGAACUGUUAGCCCCAUUAGCCUUCGCGCCAAUAGCUACUACAAAUUAUCCACAUUUCUAGAGGUGAUGAACACACCUAUGAGGGCUCCUUGGUCGACAACUAUGAGCAUUCAGGAUACCCACAACCAGAGGAAUACCCACCGGAGCACACUCACAGCUAUGAGGAGCAGCAACCCUCAUCUGGAUAUGACCCCUAUGUACCAGCCCCCACCAGCGUGAGCAUGAUCACAGAGGACUCCUACCCCUACACCACCACCACACAGGUGCCAUACGAGCAGGAGCCCUACUACGAAGAGUCGCUCCAGGCCCCUGGUGGUGGGGAGGCUUCUCUGGGGGAGGAGGGGCCAACAGACUGUAACUGUGAGCCAGGAGAGCCAGGGUUCGCUGGGUUUGCAGGGCCCAAGGGAGCCAGAGGACUGCAAGGUAAAGAUGGCUUCCCUGGGGCUCAAGGACGCGAGGGGUACAAAGGAUUCAAAGGAGUUCUAGGAAGAGGAGGAGACACAGGGCCUGAGGGUGACUCCGGGCCUGAUGGGGAGGGCGGUGCCUCUGGUUUCUCUGGAGCCCAGGGCUUGCCUGGUCUUCCUGGCGAUCCAGGUGAGACUGGGGUGCUAGGUCUGAAGGGUGACAUCGGUAUGGAGGGGCCACGCGGAGGAGUCGGGGUAACGGGUGAGACUGGUCCAAUUGGUGAGGCAGGGCCUGGUGGGCCUGAUGGAACUGGAGGUAUCAAGGGAUCAACUGGAGCAGAAGGGAAACAGGGUCCUGAGGGAACAGACGGGGAAAAGGGUCAGAUUGGAGCACCUGGAUUCUCAGGAGACCAUGGGGAGAUGGGCUAUAAUGGGUAUCCUGGAGAGCCAGGAGGCAGAGGAGAGACAGGUCACAAGGGUGACCAAGGCCCAGGGGGAAUGCCAGGCAGUGAUGGGGAGCCUGGAGAGGAUGGUCCUCUUGGAGUUCCUGGGGUGAUCGGCUUUCCUGGAGAGUUUGGACAAAAGGGUGCGAGAGGGGAUCGUGGUGUGAGGGGACCUCUUGGGAGAGUAGGAGCUGGGGGGCCUCAAGGAGAGAGGGGAGAUGCAGGAGUUCCAGGGAAACCAGGACCUAAAGGCCUGCAGGCCCAGCCUGGAGCCAAAGGGGAGACAGGUCCCGAUGGUGAUAAGGGUGGGGUUGGAAGAACUGGAGUGAAGGGAGGGAAAGGAGACAAGGGAAGUUUUGGAGCACAUGGUGACAAAGGACAGCAAGGGGAGAGAGGUACCAUCGGCCCUGAUGGCAUUGUUGGACGAAAUGGACCCCCCGGCAUCCCAGGCUCCAGAGGAGAGCCAGGUCCAGGCGGUGACCUGGGCGUCAAAGGUGGCUCUGGACCUAAAGGAGUGCCAGGUGCCCCUGGCCCUGGGCUGACAGAUGAGCAGGUAUUGCAGCUGUGUAAAGGAGUGGUGACAGCCCAGAUCUCCCAGUAUGCAGCUUCCAUCCGGGCCAAGUGUUCCCAAGGCUGCCCCAUCAACAACCGCACACUCAUUGGGCCGCCCGGAACCAGGGGACCAACUGGAGAAUCAGGCAAACCCGGUAAAGCGGGCAAAGCUGGAGUCAAAGGAGCCAGGGGCAUCCAAGGGGACACAGGAGUGGAUGGUCAGAAGGGGGCAGAGGGGGAAAGAGGAACGAAAGGUCCGAAAGGAAAGGGGGGUGAGCCUGGUAAAGGUCUGCCAGGACACGAUGGGCAUCAAGGCCUCAGAGGGAUGCCAGGCCACCCAGCAGAGCCAAAUAACGGUAUGGCAGGUCCCAGAGGGCCCCGUGGUUUCACAGGCGCUUUAGGUCAGCCUGGCAUGGCGGGCAACGCAGGAGUGCCGGGCUUCUGUGAGGCACGGGACUGCAGCAUUCACGCGCCUGUGAUGCGCAAGGAGCAGGGCCUAGUGAAGGGACCCCGCGAUCUAAGCCCCAAGAUCUAACCCCAACAAGGAGCUUCAGGAAAAGGUGAAGGAAUGGUCAACGAUGAGGGGUCAUGUUGGACGGUCGCUCCAUGGCAACGUUGGGGUUAAUUCCAUUCACAUCUCAGCCAUACCAGGAAUUGAAGUUGACAUUGAGUUUUAAACUGGGAAAUGACCAAUGUGUACAGCGUUGAUCUUUUUGAAUUUCAUAGCUAAUUCAAUUCCUGUAAUGACUGAUAUUGAAAUGGAAUUAAUCCGAGCAUUGUUCAAUGUGGCUCACCAGUGUUGGAAGGGUUUGGUGGGACACGCUGGACUCUGCACAGGGAGAUGAAGGCUCCCAAUGAACUCUAAUGUUUAGGCAUAAUUGCUAACUUUUUUUCUAGGCGAAAACAAUCCUUAUGAAUUUUUUAUGCUAAAACAAAAAAUUCAAUUGUCUUCCUCCAAGCAAACCAUAAGUAAAGGGGCUUGAGAAACUGGCUAAAAGAAAUUGGCAGAAAAUGAAGCUUGCAGGUGUCUCUGGCUACCAGUCAGGUUUUGUUUUUGAUAUGAUCAACAAUUGAAAAUAAAAAGUUAUGUAAAUAAUUUUGUAAAGUAUCGCAAGUACAUGUACUGUGUGUUCUGAAAUAUCACUGUUUUAGAUAAAUUCUGUCUUACUUUUCUUAAGAUGAGUCCUCACU